GAGAUAGAAAAGCAAGUUUUGAACGUACAAUAUAUAAUAUGGAAAAGUCUAAUUGACGUUCACAGUCACCCAUUUUUCUAAAUUCCGUCAUGUGAGGGUGCAUUCGAAAUUGUGCUAAUGUCAACCUUCCUCUCCUUCACUUUGGUCAGGAACCUCCUCAUUCUCUUUCGCAAACACCAGUUUUGCCUAGAUAAAACUAGGUGCCCGCUUGUCCUAUCGUCGCCGUAGCGUGCUAGUUAUUACUCUAGCGUGCAAGUGCACCGUGGUGGUGAUGUUAACGGUCUUUACACCACGGACACGUUUUACGGGUCAUUAAGACAAGUUGUGUGUUUGUAUAUGCGUGAAUGUGUGUGCUGAACGGCUUAUGGCACAGCAUCAGCAAUAAGACAUAUUGAUAUCUACGCCUUUUUCCAUGGUGAACUGUGAGCUGUGGAUGAGCUUCGGUGAUAACUGAUUACGAAAACACGAACGGAUACUUAAAACGUAGAUCCGAGAACAAAGACUCAGUCUACCCGUGACUUCACCGGUGUGCCUCGUGUUGCUCGGAGUUCGUGCGUGUGUGUGUGUGUAUGUGCUCGUGGAUUUGCGUGUACUUGUCACCAUCGUUUAUUAUCGUUAUCACUUGGAGAGAUUCAGUCAACGUUCCCAUUCGAAAUAUUCCUAUUCAUAGUUGAUAAAAGUGUACUGAUGCACAAAGUUGUUCCACACAUAACAGCAGGAAUGGGUUCAGGAGAAAACAACAUGGAAAUGGACGACGAGCCUCAAGUGAUCCGCGAAAUACUAAGUGAACCUACCCGAGAAAAGCUUGCCGAAAUAAAGAAGACAGAGGGCAAUGUGCUUUACAAGGACAAAAAAUACGACCAAGCACUGCAAUUAUACACUGAAGCAGUCCAGCUGUGUCCAGAUAAUGCUACUCUAUAUAACAACAGGGCUGCGUGCCACCUAAUGCUCAACCAAUAUCAAAAAGCUCUCAAUGACUGUCAGGAGUCCUUAAAACGAGAUUCGUCUAACAUAAAGGCACUUAUGCGCGAGGCUAAAUGCCAUCAGCUACUUGGAGACCCGACCGCUGCUUUUAGAUCUUUAGCUCGAGUGCGUUCACUGGAACCGAACCACACUGAUGUAGCAAAAGAAACAAAAGCUGCUGAGAGUCUUCAGAACUAUAUCACCGAAGGCGAUAAGGCAUAUGCUAAAGGCGAUUACCGUAAAUGCGUUUACUGUAUGGAACGCGCGCUUGUACAGUCCCCGGGCUGCCCUAAAUUCAAAUUACUGCGCGCAGAGUGCCUCGCCUAUCUCAUGCGGCUACUAGAGGCGAGGGAUGUUGCGCUGGAUUUAAUUCGGCUUGAUAAUUCAAACGCGGACGCGUAUUUUGUUCGUGGUCUAGUACUUUACUACGAAGAUAACGUUGAUAAAGCCUUACAACAUUUCCAGCAAGUUAUGCGAUUAGCUCCUGACCACUCAAAAGCUGCGCGGGCCUUCAAGCAAUGCAAGAAUCUUCGCGCAGAAAAAGAAAGGGGUAAUGAACUAUUUUCGAAAGGAUCGUUUCAAGAUGCCCACGCGGUCUACACUGCAGCUCUUGCCAUCGAUCCUUUGAACAAGUCUACCAAUGCUAAGUUGCACUGUAAUCGUGCACAAUGCUGUUUACGUCUUGAUCGUCAUAAUGAUGCCUUAGCAGAUUUUAACAAGGCCAUCGAACUUGACGCUUACUAUACAAGAGCCUACAUCCGACGCGCCCAGUGUUAUCAAGAUAUGGAAAUGUACGAGGAAGCUGUACGCGACCUAGAACACGUUUACCAACAAGAUAAAUCUCGUGAUAAUAAACGGCUGCUUGACAAUGCCAAGCUCGAAUUGCGGAAGUCGAAGCGUAAGGACUAUUAUAAGAUCCUUGGAAUCAGCAAAAACGCCAGCCAGGAUGAUAUCAAGAAAGCAUACAAAAAGGCAGCUCUCAAGCAUCACCCAGAUAGACACGCUCAUGCUUCUGAAAGUGAGAAACGUGACCAAGAAAAAAAGUUCAAGGAAUUAGGCGAGGCCUACGGAAUACUGUCGGAUCCCCGAAAGAAGUCACGUUAUGACAACGGAGCCGACAUGGACGAUGAUGUUUGCGAUGGAGGACAUGGCUUUACUCCUAAUGUAGACCCCUUCCAGAUGUUCUUUGGCGGCGGGCCUUUUAGCGGUGCUCAGAGUACGCAUGGAGGUUUCCAUUUCCGUUUUGAUUAAAUAAAUACAUGCUGCGCGUUACCAGUAUACCAUCCACAUGGACCAGUUUUGCAAGCUUCAAAAAGGGGACGGAUGAUUAUUUUUCAAUGUCUUUCGUUUUAAAAAACUUACUAUUAUGUACUAUUAAAUAACAACAUAGGACUUAUUAUUAUUCAGCUUUUCAAAGCCCAUUAUUGAAAAACUAGCGUGUUAAUUAAAACAUUCAAGUUCACAUGCAGUUCAUAGACAUACAGAUAGCUCUAUCCCGCAGGCCUGUGAAAUAAUGCUAGAAGAACUUGUGAAAGCCCGCAACACCCACCUUAUUACAUCUUAUGUAGAGCCUCAGGUUCUUGCAUCAUAAAUACUACGUCAAACACAAAUGGCUAAUUGCUCGUUCCUGGCCGCCUAUGCGGUAGCAACUAAGACGUAAUUGGGAAUAUGCUCCUCGAUGAGGCAACACAAAGAUCAACAUUCAUUUUUACAAUUACGAGCACAAUCAUAUUUAUCAGAACUUUUUUUUUUAUUAUAGAAGACACAUAUAUUACUAAAACAAUACAAACAGCGCCAAUAAAAACAUUAAGGCAAAGGAACAUAUUGUUGUAUGUUCCCGACAAGUUCAGAAUUUUGUGAAUAAACUAUGUUACGUUAAUA